CAAGCCGCACGCCGCGCCUCCCUCUCUCUAUCGACCUCCUGAAGUCUCUCCGCUCGCUGCAACCAUGGCCGAAGACGCCGCCGCCGCGCCGCCCGCCGUGUCGCCCAACAAGCUGGCGCAGAAGCUCUCGUCGGCGCAGCUGACGGACGCCAAGAUCACGGGCUUCCCGCAGUUCACGCCGGCGCACCGCUCGCUCAUGUCCAAGCACCUGACGCGCGAGGUCUACGCGCAGCUCAAGGAGCUCAAGACGUCCACGGGCUACACGCUGGACCGCGCCAUCCAGACGGGCGUGGACAACCCGCACCUGGGCGUGGGCGUGACCGCCGGCGACGAGGAGUGCUACGAGCUCUUCAAGCCGCUGUUCGACCCCGUGAUCGAGGGCUGGCACGGCUACAAGCCCGACGACAAGCACAAGUGCGACAUGGACCCGUCCCACGUGACGAACGCCAAGCUGCCGGACGAGUUCAUCAUCUCCACUCGCAUCCGCGCGGGCCGCAACAUCCGCGGGAUGCCGCUGCCGCCGGCCACGUCCCGCGCGCACCGCAAGGACGUCAUGAACCUGCUGCAGUCCGCGCUCGGAGACAUGAGCGGAGACCUCGCGGGCAAGUUCUACAAGCUGUCGGAGAUGUCGCCCGAGGACGAGCAGCAGCUCAUCACGGACCACUUCCUGUUCCAGAAGCCCGGCGGUGGCACUCUGCUGGAAGCUGCAGGCGCCGCGCGCGACUGGCCCGCGGCCCGCGGCAUCUUCCACAACAACGAGAAGACCUUUUUGGUCUGGUGCAACGAGGAGGACCACAUGCGUGUCAUCUCCAUGCAGGACGGAGGUGACGUCGGCGCCGUGUUCGAGCGCUUCUGCCGUGCCAUUAAGAGCGUGGAGGAGAGCAUCAAGGGCAAGGGCAAGGAGUUCAUGUACAACGAGCACUUGGGCUUCAUCGGCACGUGCCCAUCUAACUUGGGCACGGGGUUGAGGGCCAGUGUCAUGGUCAAGCUGCCCAAGUUGACGGAGGAUGUCGCUCGCUUCGAGAAGAUUUGCUCCCUGCUGCACCUGCAGCCGAGAGGAACUGCAGGUGAGCACUCGGCCUCCGUUGGAGGUGUGUACGACGUGAGCAACAAGCAACGCAUCGGCCACUCGGAGGCCGAGUUGGUGCAGACCAUGGUGAAUGGCAUCACGCUGCUCAUUGCCAUGGAGCAGAAGUUGGUGGCGGGCGAGUCCAUCGACGCGCUCAUCCCCACGGAACCUGCCGCUCCCGUGGUAAUUGACGCCGGUGCUCCUCUUGUUGCUUCAUCGACGAGUACUGCUGUGCUCCCGUCGGAAGAGGACAACUACCCCGUGUUUACUCCCAAGCACCGCAGUUUGAUGGCCAAGCAUCUGACCAAGGAGUUGUACGACAAGUUGAAGGGCAAGCACUCCAGCAAGGGCUACACCCUGGACAUGGCUAUCCAGACGGGUAUUGAUAACGCCCACCUCGGCGUUGGUGUUGUCGCAGGCGACGAGGAGUGCUAUGAGGUGUUCAAGGAGCUGUACGACCCGGUCAUCGAGGGCUGGCACGGCUUCAAGCCUGACGACAAGCACCACACCGACAUGGAUGUGUCCAAGCUGGUGAACGCCGAGAAGAUUGACAACGCCUACGUGCAGUCGACGCGUGUCCGCGCUGGACGCAAUAUCCGUGGACUCAGUCUACCGCCUGGAACGACGCGUGCUGAGCGCCUUGAGGUGGAGAACCUCAUUGCAACUGGUUUGGCCACGCUGACCGACGAGCUUAAGGGAAAGUACUACCCGCUGAGCAACAUGACGAAGGAGGAGGAGGACCAGCUCCAGAAGGAUCACUUCUUGUUCCAGAAGCCUGGAGGCGGCACUCUUCUAACCGGCGCUGGAGCUGCGCGCGACUGGCCGAGUGGACGUGGCAUCUUCCACAACGACCAGAAGACAUUCCUGGUCUGGUGUAACGAGGAAGACCACAUGCGAGUCAUUUCGAUGCAGAGCGACGGAAACAUCGUCGAGGUGUUCGCGCGCUGGGUCAAGGCGGUUGGCGCUGUGGAGGAAAGUAUCAAGGCCAACGGCUACGGCUUCAUGCACAACGACCACCUGGGCUUCAUUGGCACGUGUCCGUCCAACCUGGGCACGGGACUGCGCGCGAGUAUGUUCGUUAAGCUGGAGAAGCUGGGGGCGGACCCUCACGCUCUUGAGGCGGUGUGUGCACCGCUUGGUUUGCAGCCACGAGGCUCGGCAGGUGAGCACUCGGCCGCGGUUGGUGGCAUGUGGGAUAUCUCCAACAAGGCGCGCAUCGGCAAGUCCGAGGUCGAGCUUGUACAGACGAUGAUCGACGGCGUGGGCAAGCUCAUUGAGCUGGAGAAGGAACUUGAAGCCGGCAAGAGCUACGAGGAGGUCCUGGCAUCGGUCGGCGUCACGCCUACCGCACAUUGAAGCCGACUGUAGUCGCUAGAGCGAUGUGGAGCUGAUUGCUAAGCUUCACACUAGGAUAUCUUCGCCCGCGGCAACAAAGAGCGCGAACGCGAUGAACAGCGACCAGACUGCUGGAACGUGUACAGCUCGGACGUUAGCGCUUUAUUCCUUAUAUUUCUACGGUUCAAAUGUGACUCCUGCUUGCUGGUGC